GGCUGUCUGCUCGAGACGAACAAGCAAAAUCAAUUAUAUCUCGUAUUUCGACCGGCAUAGAUGUGCAAACAGCAGGCGCUUGGUCGAUAGAAAGCAAUCUUUGUUGGGGAAAUACAUAAUCGAAAUAAAAUACAGAAGUCCAAUAUGUUGCGCCUAGUGGCAGCUGUGGUGCUGUUUGGCUUAAUCGCAAAUGCGGCCGGUGCAGAGAGUGAUGUUCUUGAGCUUGGCGAUGAUAACUUUGUGUCAACUUUAAAGCAACACGAGACAACAUUGGUUAUGUUCUAUGCUCCCUGGUGCGGACAUUGUAAACGUCUUAAGCCUGAAUACGCCAAGGCUGCCGAAAUUGUAAAAGAUGACGAUCCACCAAUUACAUUGGCCAAGGUUGAUUGUACCGAGGCUGGAAAAGAUAUUUGUAGCAAAUACUCGGUGAGUGGCUACCCAACUUUGAAGAUCUUCAAGCAGGACGAGGUUUCACAAGAUUACAACGGUCCUCGUGAGGCCAAUGGCAUUGCCAAGUAUAUGCGUGCUCAGGUGGGACCCGCUUCCAAGGAGAUACGCUCUGUUGAGGAACUAGCAAAAUUCCUGGACACCAAGGAUACCACUCUAUUCGGUUACUUCAACGAUAUCGACUCGAAAUUGGCAAAGGUAUUCCUUAAGUUUGCCGAUAAAAACCGCGAGAAAUAUCGUUUCGGACACACCAGCAAUGAAGCCGUGUUGAAGAAACAGGGAGAAACCGAGAAAAUCGUACUUAUCCGCGCCCCACAUUUGAGCAAUAAAUUCGAAGAGUCCACCAUUGACUUCAACGGUAGCAGUGAAUCAGAUUUGAUAACUUUCAUCAAAGAGAAUUUCCAUGGCUUGGUUGGUCACCGCACACAGGAUACAUCCCGCGAUUUUCAGAAUCCGUUGGUCACGGCCUACUUUGCUGUAGACUAUCAGAAAAAUCCAAAGGGCACAAACUAUUGGCGCAACCGCGUACUAAAAGUUGCCAAGGAAUUUGUUGGUCAGUUGAACUUCGCCAUUAGCUCCAAGGAUGACUUCCAGCACGAAUUGAAUGAGUAUGGCUAUGAUUUCGUGGGAGACAAACCCGUCAUUCUCGCUCGCGAUGCCAAGAAUCUAAAAUUUGCUCUCAAAGAAGAAUUUUCCGUCGACAAUUUGCGUAACUUUGUUGAGAAAUUGCUGGCCAAUGAACUGGAACCGUUUAUCAAGAGUGAGCCGGUGCCUGAGUCAAAUGAUGCACCCGUCAAGGUUGCAGUUGCCAAGAACUUUGACGAAGUUGUCAUUAACAAUGGAAAGGAUACAUUAGUUGAAUUCUAUGCUCCAUGGUGCGGUCAUUGCAAGAAGCUGGCACCGGUCUACGACGAGCUGGCAGAAAAGCUGCAAAAUGAGGAGGUGGCAAUUGUGAAAAUGGACGCCACAGCCAAUGAUGUGCCGCCCGAGUUCAAUGUGCGUGGUUUCCCUACGCUCUUCUGGCUGCCCAAAGAUUCCAAGAACAAGCCAGUUAGCUACAACGGCGGUCGGGAGGUCGAUGACUUCAUCAAGUACAUUGCCAAGGAAGCAACUACGGAACUGAAUGGUUAUGACCGCAAUGGCAAGUCGAAGAAGACCGAGUUGUAAGCGGGGUGAUAGGACUGCAUACAAUUAGCAUGUAACUAGCAUUUCCAUACUUUUGUAAAAUCGAAUGCAUUCUCUUCAAUUUAUUUGAUGUAAACAAGAAAACUUGUAUUAAAUUAUUUAAUAGUGAUUAUGAUGAACACUAAGAA